AUGUCGCCCCCCUCCUGCCUACGAAGCGCGGACACCUGCUCGCGCAGCUCGGCGCGAGCGCUGUUGUUUAUGGCCGCGACGUCAUCCCUCUCAUGCCCGCGAAGCAACGACACCUGCCUCCGCAGCUCGGAGCGGGCACUGUCGCUCACAGCCGCGAUGUCGUCACCCUCCCGUGUUCGAAGCGCGGACGCCUGCCUCCGCAGCUCGGCGAGGACGCUCUCGUUCACAGCCACGGUGUCGUCACCCUCCUGCGUCCGAAGCGCGGACGCCUGCUUCCGCAGCUCGGAGCGGGCGCUCUCGUUCACGGCCUCGAGGUCCGCCUCCUGCCUCCGAAGCGCGGACGCCUGCACUCGCAGCUCGGACUCGGCGGUGCCGUUCACGGCCUCGAGGUCCUCCGCCUGCCUCCGCAGCUCGGAGCGGACGCUCUCGUUCAAGGACUCGAGGCCCCCCUCCUGUGUCCGAAGCGCGGACGCCUGCCUCUGCAGCUCGGAGCGAACGCUGUCGUUUACAUCCGCGAUCUCGCCCUCCACCUGCACCCGAAGCUCGGACACCUGCCUCCGAAGCUCGGAGCGAGCGCUCUCGUUCACGGCCUCGAGGUCCUCCGCCUGCCUCCGAAGCUCGGACGCCUGCUCUGCCAGUUCGGACUCGGCGGUCCUGUUCACGGCCUCGAGCUUCUGCUUGGACCUCAGGAAUUCCAGCCUCAGGUUCUCAGAGGCAGAGACCGCCCCGGUGGCCGUGGAGUUGACCUCGGCGAGGGCAUCCCUCUCCCGCCUGACGCCGUCCUGGGCCUUCUCGGCGUGA